AUGAGCACAGACACUAUACUGAAUCUUCUUGUAAUAGGAUACAGAAGUUCAUUUUUCCUAGGUUUAUUGUCUCUGGCAAUUGCUAAAUUUUACUUGCCUGAUUUCCUUCAAUAUGGGAAAACUUUGAACACAGCCCAAAGUGGGGAUGUUAUGACCCUUUGGGACAAAAUAAUUCAUUUUACUGUUCCAAAAUCAUAUUUCUCCCAUUUUUAUUAUCUCUCCGCCAUAUUGUCUGUAUCAACAUUAUACGUCUAUCCAAAAUACCCGGUUGUAUGGCUUUUGGCGUUCCAUUCAUUGAGAAGGCUCUAUGAAACGCUUUUCGUAUGUAAAUAUACGUCAAAAUCAAGAAUGAACUGGUCUCAUUAUGUUGUAGGAAUUUGGUUCUACACUGUUCUCCAUUUGAUACUUAACAUUUGUUUAUACUUUGAGAGAAUUUCACCUACGAUCAACAUCUCAGCUCUUUUCAUUCUUAUUUUAGCAUCGUGGGAUCAAUAUAAAAAUCAUCGAGUACUUGCUCACCUACGAAAAUAUUCAUUACCAACACAACGAUUGUUCAAAAUCGUGUGUUGUCCUCAUUACCUCGAUGAAAUGAUAAUAUAUAGCACAUUCUUAUCAUAUAACGCAGAAUUUAUCUGGCCAUUAAUAUGGGUGGUUGUAAGUCUAUCAAUUUCCGCCAUUGAAACAAAGAAUUUUUAUAAGAGUAAAUUCGUUGAGGAAAAUGUGCCAGAUUAUUCAAUUAUACCGUAUAUACUGUAA